AGCACUCAGCAGCCAGCAGCAGCAGCCAGCAGCAGCAUGCAGACCGCCACACUCCUGGUCGCCGCCUUGGCCGCAGCUGCCGUCGCCCUCGCCGGCGCCGUGCCAGCUCCGCAGAUGGUCUCCAGCGGCUUCCAGCAGUACCGCGAUGAGCCUAACGACGUGGAGGAAGGAUUGGUGCGCCACCUCGACAACAUCGGAGGCGGCCACCUGCUCCGAAACCUGGACGGCCUGGGCGGCGGACACCUGCUGAGACAGACCAAGAGCGGCCUCGACUCUCUCUCGGGCGCCACCUUCGGAGAGCAGAAGCGGCUCGACUCCCUGGGUGGCAUCACAUUCGGAAGCCAGAAGAGAAACUUUGACGAGAUCGACAGGAGCGGCUUCAACAGCUUCAUCAAGAAGAACUUCGACGAAAUCGACCGCUCUGGCUUUGACCGUUUCGUGAAGAAAAACUUCGAUGAGAUCGAUCGAUCUGGCUUCAGCGGCUUCGUGAAGAGGAACGCGCCGAUGCUGGCACGCCACUAUGACCAGGGCGACCACUGAGGCGCCCCACCCCCGCACCACCCUGCACCAGACCCGCACCCGCUCGCUGCUCUCCGUGUUAUGUUGUAGAAGCAACGCUCCUCUGCCGUACUGUUCCCUCAGUCACAGGAAUAUUUUCACGUCUACUUAAAACUAUUGUGUAGAAAAAGUAUAGCAUUAAAGUGUCGGUGUUUUUAAUUAUUAUGUACAUACUCGUGUAUAAUUAUUAAAUGUCCUGAAGCAACCUA